GGCAACAAUCCAAGACACGACCAUUACACAAAUCAAAAAGGUCAAACCAAAGACCUGCACAUCUUGUACUUUAUCCCCCACUCACCACUCACGCGUACUCUGGCAACGCAUCGGGCCCAUCAACCCCAUUAGCCCCCCAGCGUUGCUCGUGUGCCUCUCGACUCGACUUGGCCCCCACGCCUCGGCCGUCCGCUCCCUGCCCCUGGGUAGGUCGCCCAGCCAACGACCACUCGGUCAUCGCGCCCCGGUGCUUUCUGUCGUCUGUCGGCCACCCACCCGACUACUUUGUCGACAUUGACCAUCGACAUCGCGACCCCGAGCACACGCACAUAGCACCGGCGCACGCUCACCCGCCGAUCACGGGCGCGCCCCCCGCCAUUCCCUCCGUGCCAGCUCCCCUCUUGUAUCGCCCGGCUGCAACGCCGAGAGCCGAGGACCGACGCCGACGACACCGACACUGAAGCCACCACCACCACCGCCCAGUGCAGCCUCUAUCACCCACCCACAACCCCUUGCCUAUCGCUGCCGACGACUUCCCCGCGGCCGCCUCCCAUGCCCUAGGGACCGAGGCAAGACAGUAACCCUGCUUCCCCUCGCACCUUCGCCACCCCUCCACACGGGAUCCUUCUUGCACACACGCCUUUUCCCCAUCACACCUCCCCACCACCAUGCCGCUUCCUGGCGGCACCAUUCCGCUCACGCCGAGCGAGCCCGGUGCCGUGCCCCCACCAGCAUUCCUCGUCAAGUUCCCCGAAGACACGUGGAACAAGCUCGCCGCAGCGGCGAACGGCGGCGCCGAAGUCUCGUUCACGGUUGACGAAGACAUUGGCCUUUCACUAAACCUUCCUGGCCAGGACCCAUUGUACAUUGACGUCGCUGGUACCAGCGUGACCGAGCUGUACCAGUUUGCAGGGCCGAGCCUGAACCCCGUCGGUACUGCCGCCGCGCGAUUGCAGAUUCCCAUCAAUGCCGCAGCCGCAAGCAAGGCGGUCGAGAGGGUUCGCCAGCAGAACGAUGCCCUCGACCGCCAACGCCAAGAACGCGCGGAGAGAGUCACGGGCCGCUCUCAAGCCAGCACGCCGACUCCACGUUCGGCCCCGGUGGCCGCCGUACAGGCCUUGGCCAUGGCGCGGACUCAGAGCGGACCAGCCGCAACCACCCUGCCAUCAGCAUUGACGCCAUCGAAUGCCGUCACCGAGAGGAUACCGCUCAAGACAAAAGUUGUGCAGUUCCUCGCUCUUGGUCCGGCGACGAUGGAGGAGAUUGUGGCCAAGACAAACGGCGAACCCGCCGAUGUUGAGCGCAUCGCGAAGGUCAUCGCAACGAAGCCCAAUGGCAUCUGGACGUUGAUAGCCCAGCAGUACGCAAAGAUCAAGAUUGGCGACUGGAACUACACUCAUGACGAGAAGCUCAAGGUCAUCCAGCUUGCGCGCAAGGCGCUUGACGAGUUGAACAUUCCGGCAGAUGCGUAUGAGCGCGAGGACCUCGCAAGGAAGGAGCGCGACGCAUUGAGUGCCGGCGCAUCAAGCUCGGCGUCGUCACAGCCUACGACCCCGCCAGAACCUGCACCCGCCCCUGCGGCUGCUGCCCCUCCGCCGAAGCCGAAGGUUCAGAAGCAACUGUCACCGCCGAAGCGACCCGACUCUCGCACAGAGACCCGUGCGGACCGACACGACUCGCCCGCGCCAUCAGCUGGUGCCAAGAAGCCGGCAUCAAAGGACAAGACGGAGCGAACCAAGGUCGGCAAGCAGAUCGCCAAGAUGCGCACCGAGAUGGCUGCUAAGCGCGCGUCAUCAUUACCAAACUCGAAGCCUACGGACGGCGUCGCCAGCCCUCGCCUUCCGUCCCAAAACGUGGGCAAUCACGACGUCAAGGACCUCGACCUUGACUCGGACUCGAGCGGCAGUAAGCCUCUGGCCAAGGUGGUCAAGGUGGAGAAGGCGCAGAAGGAGACUUCAAAACAGGACAAGGCUCCUGAAAAGCCAAAAUCCAAGGCCGCUGCUGCUGCUGAGAAGCCGGCGAGCCAGGACAAUGGCGCGAAGAGGAAACGACCAGAGGACGACAAGCGCGCGCCUCCCCUCAAGAGACGAGGAAGCAAGCGCGACUACACGAGCUCAGAGGACAGCGAUAGCGAAGACGACAGGCGGGGACGGGCGAGAACAGUCAAGGCUGUCAAGCCAUCCGCCAGCAGCACAGCGACCAAGCCUGCUUCUACCAACAACUCGGCCAAGCCCGUGUCGACCAACUCGUCGAACGGCAAGUCCAAGCCACCGGUUAACGGCAACGACAAGCGGCGCAAGUCGCCAUCGUACACGUCGUCUGACGAUGACGAGCCCUCCAAGACGAAGAAGAAGGCGCGCCCAUCCGAGCCGGCUCCCUCUACGUCGCCAAACGACUCGUCGCGAGCCUUGCCCAAGUUCAAGCGCAAGGUCCCACCUGCACCUUUGGACCUUGACGGCAAGAGCAAGGGCGGCGACCACAAGGACAGCGGAGUGUCCUCGCCCAACGCCAAGGCCCUGCAGCGUCGCUACGACGAGCUGUACCCAAAGUACGAAAAGCUCACGGCGUACCUGUCGAAUGUGUACCAGGCGGCCGAGCGUGUGCGCGAGGGAUCGCCAGUGGCGUUGACUGCCAACGAGGACGUUGCGGCCAAGGUGGCGCAGUGGGAAGAGCUUCACCGCGAUCUAGAGAAGAUUCGACGGAAUCUGGGCGGCGCAUGAGGGAGGGAGGUGUGAAACGAGUGGAGAGUGUGUGGGAAUACUUGUAUAGUUACAAUCUGCAUGUGUGUAUCAGAGAG